AGAUCAUGUGAGUCUAAAGGGCGUGACAAGUGGUUUAAACAGAAUCAGAAACAGGGGCUCUUUCCAAUUUCCAGUUGUUCUGUUUUAUCAUGGGCCGCUACACUGACCGGACAGCACGAAUGUGCAUAGGAUUCCUUGCUUUCUUGUUCUGGGCUUCUGGUGCUGCCCUGCUGUAUGCUGUAUACUUUAUAAUUUUGCUGUAUAAGAACUACAAGCCUUUCUUCCUUGAUUUCUAUAUACUACUACCCAGUAUUUUUGCUGUGAGUGGAGCCUUCUUUCUAGUUGUGAAUGGUCUACUGGGGUUCAAAAUCUCAAAGAAAGGUUCUCGCUGUCAACAAGGAAUGGCUUCUGGUGCUGCCCUGCUGUAUGCUGUAUACUUUAUAAUUUUGCUGUAUAAGAACUACAAGCCUUUCUUCCUUGAUUUCUAUAUACUACUACCCAGUAUUUUUGCUGUGAGUGGAGCCUUCUUUCUAGUUGUGAAUGGUCUACUGGGGUUCAAAAUCUCAAAGAAAGGUUCUCGCUGUCAACAAGGAAUGGCUUCUGGUGCUGCCCUGCUGUAUGCUGUAUACUUUAUAAUUUUGCUGUAUAAGAACUACAAGCCUUUCUUCCUUGAUUUCUAUAUACUACUACCCAGUAUUUUUGCUGUGAGUGGAGCCUUCUUUCUAGUUGUGAAUGGUCUACUGGGGUUCAAAAUCUCAAAGAAAGGUUCUCGCUGUCAACAAGGAAUGUUCAUGUACAUCAUUGUGGUCUUACUUUGCUUAUUGAGCACCGGAGUGGUAUUGGCAUAUGUGUAUAUAAACAGGCUGGACCAUGAGCUAAGACCAAUGCAGAAUGCGUUCCAUCAAUAUAAUGAUACCAGCAAUGGCAUUACUGUCAAUAAAAUUCAGAAUGAGCUCCACUGCUGUGGCCUCCACAAUUAUUCUGACUGGGAAGCAACAUCAUGGUACAAACACUCUGGUAAUCACAGUGUACCGAAGAGCUGUUGUAAUGUGGCUUUUUCAUCAUGUUCGGGAAACAUUACAGAGUCAAAUAAAUUAUACCAGGAGGGUUGCCUUAUAAAACUGCAUCACAGACUUACUUUUUUCUUGAUUUGGUUGUUUUGGUCUGGCAUUACCAUAAUCAGCGUGGAGGUAUUGGCAGCUGUGUUUGAUGGGAUAUUGAUGACUCGAAACCCAUUUCAAGAUUUCCGGAUACUUGAUUCAGGAGUGUUUGCAUAGUACCUAGUGCAAGAAGAGAAGCUAAUGAGGAUGCUUCACUGCAACAUGUGCAAUUUGUUUUUGGUUCCAUUUAUUUGUGUUUUGAUGUCUUUAUCAAUUAUAUUAUUUUCAAAGUGAUUUCACUGAGUAAAUAUGUGUUACUUAUCUA